AAACACACACGCACUGUGUUCUUGUCCAGGGAUGAGCUCUUCUCUGCUCUGCCUCCUUAAAUAGGGCGCGGUUACUGGGAAAACACAAAACACAGGUUAAUUACCGUCAGGUGUAAUGAUUCUGCCACUCACCUUCCCUGGCUCCGCCCUCCUGUCACAGACCGGCGCUUGACCACGCCCCCGCUGCCACAAUGUGUUUUAAAAAAAAUUAUUUUUUUCUAUCAAUACCUAGCCAUGACCUUGAAAUCAGAUCCAUUGAUAACAGUCACAAAUAGCGUUCAGUGUUCGUUGUUACAGCCAAACACAAUACACCGAUUAGGCAUUUUGUAUCACAGAAUAUUGAUACAUCAUUUCAUAGUGUUUUGAGUGUUCAAAACUAUCCACAAACUGAAUAAAUCCACAAAAUCCGCAAUGUAAACAACUCUGGUAAACGCACGCUAUAGAGAAAACAUGGGGACAGGCCAGCAUCACCCAAGGGAGGUUACUGGUAUGACGUCACACAUAAGUUGACCUAGUUAACGGCUGGCUGCCUAAAUUUGGCUGUGCGCGUCAACUUUAAAUGCUUGUAGCGGGCGCAUCGUGUCACUGAGAUCGCGGGAAACCGAGGGGCUUGAAUAACCCACCAAACCCGACAUUUUGACACAUGAUAUAGCCUGAUUGCUGAAAUUACCGCACGACGCCUUUAAAUAAGAGCUGAGCCAAGAGAGGGCCGUUCCCUUAACUCCCACAACAUUUUCUAGUCUAUCCAGAAGAAUGGAAUGAUCAAUGGUAUCAAAUGCUGCACUAAGGUCAAGCAACACAAGCAGAUAAGACCCAAUUAGCAACUCCAGGAAAUGAACUGAAGCGUACCUGAUUUCAAAUUGUGAUAAGUGGGCUCGUGAGGAGAGCAGGCAGGUGACAGGUGCAGCAGGUGACAGGUGCAGCAGCACAGCCCAAAACUCACAAAAAUGGCAGGCAAAAUCAUAGUCCAAAAACGUUAUCCAAGUUGGGGAACAGAGCGUGAGCAUGAAUGUGAAUUAAACAAAACUUACGGCGAGUAUUUAUCCACAUUGAGUGAUUCUCUUUGAUGUGUUUAUAUAGAGUGGCUGAUAGCAAACAUGUAGCAGGUGUGCUAACGCAGUGCAGGGAGAACAGGGAAAAGCACGGAGCGGAGCGCAAAGGCACAGGUCAGGAUUUGGAAGUUCCAGGCUGGAUCAUGACAGUUAGCACUAAGAUCAAGCAACACAAGCAGCGAGACACAGCCCUGAUCAGACGCCAACAGUAGGUCAUUUAUAGCCUGGGCCCGCCCAUCCUAAGUGUGACGCAACACGAGGACCUGUUGCGAACUUAGUCUGGCAAGGCAAGCUAUCUACAGCUUUUCCAAGCUCCCGAAAAAUCGGGAGCCAAUCAACUUUGAGCAUCUCCAACGGCCCUGGGUAAAGGCGUGUUCAAGGCACUGACGUAGUAGAACUGCGACCGGAAGCCAUAGAUUGUUUACAGAAUCUAUGCCGGAAGCGCUUCAUUCACGAAUGCUGUAUUGAAAGCAUUCAACGGGAAGUUCUCAUUGAAAACGGAGCAAAGAGCAUCCCUGGAGGUAUUUAUUGAAAGGAAGGACGUUUUCGCCUUGCUUCCGACCGGCUUCGGUAAGAGUUUAAUAAUAGGAUGUCUAUGGUUUAAUCUACCAGUUAGUCACAUACGUCAGAGGAAAGAGUGAUGUGAUUGGUUUAAGCUUCGUCACAGCCUUUUCUGGCUUUGACCGGUAGCAAACUGAGGCAUUUCAGGGAGGGGGGUCAACCACACGCUUUGGGAAACGGUUGGGCUUAGUAGCUUUGCCAGACCAAAUGCUCGCAGAGCUUUGAAGUCGCGUUAGCCAGACUAGGUCAUUUACUACUUUAACCAGAGCUGUCUCUGUGCUAUGAUGAGGUCUAAAUCCUGACUGGUACAUUUCAUGGAUGUUAUUCCUAUGUAAAUAUGAGCAUAACUGCUGUGCCACAGCUUUUUCAAGGAUCUUGGAGACAAAGGGGAGGUUUGAUAUUGGCCGAUAAUUGGACAGCUGUUCCUAUAUACAUUAUAGCCUUUAUGCACACUGUACAUGCACACUUAUGGAGCACUUGCAUGUGACGUCACAUCCGCUCCAGAUUGUAGACAGACUCCAUCUUGUCGGUAAAACGCCAUAUUUCCGCCGUCUUACCGAGACUGACUUUCGUUAUUUUUCGCCAAAAUCUUCAAAUAUUACCGUGCCACAAUGCCGGAGAGUUGUAUGGCAUAUAAAUGCCACAACAGGAGAGGUCAGAAAUCGGGAAGAAAGUUUCAUAGGCUGCCAUGGGACCCUGACAGGCGUGCAAAAUGGAUUGCUGCUAUCAGCCGGGCCGAUCCAAACAACAAGAACAAGGCAUGGGUACCGACUGGAAAGAACGAUCACUGGCGCCUGUGCAGUGACCAUUUCAUCUCAGGGAAGAAGGGCAAUGACCCGACCUCUCCAGAUUAUGCACCGUCCAUUUUUGCUCACACUUCCACUCCACUGAAGAGAAAACGAAAGAGAGAAAUGGAAACGUACACAAGACGUGAGCAAUCAAAGAAGCAACGUCGUGAUCAGUGCGCAAAGGCACCGGCUGCCAGUGCUCUUCUUAAGUUGUCUGAGCAAGUUAUUUCCACAACACUGGCACCAGAUUCUGUGAAUGUGAUGGGGGAUGACCAGGAUAAUCCCGCAACAAUGACAGCAGAUGAGUGUCAAAACACGGAGUGCAUUGAGCUCAAACAGUCGUUUGAACAAUUAUCUUCAUCAUUUGAUAAACUCAAAGCCCACUCAGAAAUGCUUGAAACUGACUGUCAGGCACUUAGAAAUGAAAAUUCAAUCCUCAAAGAUAAAAUUAAAUCUCUCUCUCUACUUGAAGCCGACUUCAAGGAUGAUGAUGACAAGGUGAAGAUGUUAACCGGGGUUCAGUCCUUUACAGCAUUGAUGACCUUGUUCUACAUUAUUCAGGAUCAUUUAAAGGCAAAUUCCGCCCUGUCACCAUUUAAGCAAUUUAUAUUGACUCUUUUACGGUUGCGAUUAAACUUAUCAUUUACAUUCUUAGCUUACUACUUUGGUGUACAUGUUAUGACUGUGUCUCAGAUAUUUCACCACUGUAUCAAUUUAAUGUACACAAGAUUAGCACCAUCUUUAGUUUUCUGGCCAGAUAGGGAGGAACUUAGAUGAACAUUGCCGUACGUUUUUCGGAGAAGUAGAUUUAACAAGUGUACAUGUAUAAUAGAUUGUUUUGAAAUGUUCACAGAAAAACCUCGUAGCCUCCUAGCCAGUGCACAGUCAUAUUCAUCUUAUAAAUCUCAUCAAACUAUAAAAUAUUUAAUAGGCAUAACACCACAAGGUGUCAUUUCCUUUAUAUCAAAAGGAUGGGGUGGGAGAACUAGUGACAAACAUAUUACAGAAAAUUCAGGACUCUUAAACAAACUUGAGCCAGGUGAUCUGAUCUUAGCUGACAGGGGCUUUGAUGUUGGGGACACGAUUGGAUUGUAUCAAGCUAAAUUGAAAAUCCCUGCAUUUACGCGCGGCAAAAAACAGCUAGACCCUCUUGACAUUGAAAACACCAGAGGACUAGCUGCUGUCAGAAUAAAUGUUGAAAGGGUGAUAGGAACUGUUAGACAGAAAUUUACAAUCCUUCAAAGUACCCUUCCUACACAACUUCAAGAUGUUGAACCAGGUUAUGAUGUAACAAAUCUUGAUAAAAUUGUACAAGUUUGUUGUGCACUUACAAAUGUCUCAGAGUGUGUGGUUCCAUUUGAGUGACAUGUAUCAUGAUGGUUUCUUUGUAUGUGUUUGACAGUAUUGUAUGUUGUGAUCAUAAAUGAUGAUAAACAUGUGAUCAGUGCUUUUUGGUUAUAGUACAUGUCAGGUUACAAAUUCAAAUCACAUAAUGUGUUUGUGAAUUGUUAUUGUUGACAACUGGUUAUUAUGUAGUCAAAUGUGAUGACUUAAUCUUACAACCUUUGUUCUUUGUUGAUUGUCAAUUGCACAUUAUAUCUACUUGUAACGGGCGGCACG